AUGGUCACCGUUGCUGAAAAGUACCCUCUAUGUCCGUUCACUGGCCUCCCUCCGACCAAACCAAAAGUAAAGGCCUCGCGGUGCCUCGACGCAGCUGAAAUGUCAUGCUGUAAGGACUGCUCCGAUAGACGAUACGCGCUCGCCGAAGUCAGCGCGAACGUUACAACGCUCAUCUCCACAGUAGAUCCUCGCCUUUCCAAUCUCCUUGGCGGCAAAGAUAUCCAGCUAUGCUCGUCGUUUGUGAACUUCCGGGAGUGUCAGGACCUUCUCGAGCAAAUGAUCUGCGCCACGGGCUGCAACCCAGAUUCGGGGAAAUAUUUGGAACUACCGCGCGGGGUAGUUGGCGAGAUGCGCGUUUGCGCUCCUUUCGCCGACAAGGUGUACGAAAAGUGCAAGGACCUGCCGCUACCCGGGUUUCAAGGCGCCAUUUCUCAGUACUUCAACUCGGGAGAGAAGCUCAUGACUACGCUAUUUGGGAGGGUCGGCCAGGCCUUCGAUGCUAUCAACUACACUGUGGUGGUCACGCCGGUUCUAGAAGGCACCGACAAGUGCUACAACGGCCCAACAAAGCUCCCAGACACCAACGUGUGCUGCGAUUCGCUCCCUGCCACCAAAGAAUGCCCCAUCUCAACUCUCAACGUUACCAUGCACCCCGAAUAUAAGCCUUUCAUCGGCCGAACCAUAGCAGACCCCUCCUGCCCUGCAGCCCCGGGAGCACCAAGUGGGGCUGGUGGCUCUGCUAAUGGCUCUACUAAUGGCUCUGGCAGUGGUUCUGCUAAUUCCUCUGCUACAGGCUCGUCCUCGCCUCCUCCCCCCAAGGAAUCUGGACGGCUGGUGACGGCUUCUAGGGGGGUGUUUAGUGUGUUUGUGCUGGCAGCAGCUGCUGGCCUCGCGCUUUUCUAA